AUGGCAGGCUUGGCAGCUGUUCCAACCAACCCUCCAACUGAAUCAUCCGAAGAAGAGGUCAGCAACUCCGAAGAUUCCGACUCAUCUGACGACUCGAUGGAAGACAAACCGUCUGACUCGGACAAUGGAGAAACUGAGGCUAAGGCUAACAUUACUAAAGAUGAGUUUUGGGUUCGGAAUUCAGCUUUGAAGACUUUUUUGGGCUACAUGAUACGCUUGAUUGGAAGCGAAUUUAUGUCCGAAGACUAUGUUUUUGAGAAAGCCGAGCUUAUGGGAGAUGACAAGGCCAAAGAGUUGAAUGAUAAAUGCGAGGCUUUGGCUAUUAAGGAGUUGGAGUUUGGUGGCUUGAAGUUACGUCUCUUUUCUGAGGUUUUGUCCUCCAUGAAACCCUGA